CAGACCGGCCUGCGGGGCGUUGGUGCGGCUCCACCAUGUCGAAGGUGUCCUUUAAGAUCACGCUCACAUCGGACCCGCGGCUGCCCUACAAAGUACUCAGUGUUCCUGAAAGUACACCUUUUACAGCAGUCUUAAAGUUUGCAGCAGAAGAAUUUAAAGUUCCUGCAGCAACAAGUGCAAUUAUUACCAAUGAUGGAAUAGGAAUAAAUCCUGCUCAGACUGCUGGAAAUGUUCUUCUAAAGCACGGUUCAGAACUACGAAUUAUUCCUAGAGAUCGUGUUGGAAGUCAUUAGUACAUGCAAC